AUGAAAGAAGUUAAAUUGCAAAAUGCAACAUCUCUACCAGAAUUCUACUUCCUUCAACUCUCAGAGGAUCCAUACCUAAAGCCUUUUCUCUUGGGCCUAUUUUUGUCCAUGUAUAUCUUGGCCUUGUUUGGAAACCUGCUCAUCAUCCUGACAGUAAGCUCUGACUCUCAACUCCAUACACCCAUGUACUUCUUCCUCUCCACUCUGUCCAUGGUUGAUAUUGGUUUCAUCUCCACCACUGUUCCAAGGGUGAUUGUGGACAUACAGACUCACUGUCUAGUCAUAUCCUAUGUGGGAUGCCUGACACAGAUGUCACUGUUUGUAAUUUUUGCAUGUAUGGAUGACAUGCUUCUGGCUGUGAUGGCAUAUGACAGGUUUGUGGCCAUCUGCCAUCCUCUGUAUUACCAGGUAAUUAUGAAUCCCAGUCGCUGUGGUCUCUUACUUCUAGGGUCUUUUCUCCUUAGUCUUGUAGACUCACUGAUGCACUAUAUGGCAAUAUUAAAUAUUCUCAAUGGUGAGGAUUUCAUUGAAAUUUCCAACUUCUUCUGUGACCCUUCUGAACUACUUAAACUUGCCUGUUUUGAUACUGUCACCAACAACAUAUUCAGAUCCUGCGUAGGUGCUCUCUUUGGGUUUCUUCCUAUUUUGGGAAUCAUUUUCUCUUACUUUAAAAUAGUUUCCUCCAUCAUGCGAUCAUCAUCAUCAAGUGGGAAAUACAAAACCUUCUCUACCUGUGGGUCUCAUCUGUCCAUUGUUUGCCUGUUUUAUGGAACAGGAUUAGGAGUGUACUUCAGCUCCUCAAUCUCAAAUUCCCCAAGAAGUAAUGCAUUGGCUUCAGUGAUGUACACUGUGGUCACACCUAUGUUGAAUCCUUUCAUCUAUACCCUUAGGAACAAGGACAUUAAAACUGCCUUAAGGAAGAUUCUUAGUAGAAUAUUCUAA